AGAAGACGUCACCGAGCCCCAGCGGGGGCAUCACGCCGCUGCAGCAGAUGCUGGCCUCGGGGACGGGGGCCAUCCUCACCUCCCUCUUCGUGACGCCGCUGGACGUGGUGAAGAUCCGGCUGCAGGCCCAGAGGACCCCCUUCUCCAAAGGUAACCCUGCUCGGGGCAGGGUGGGGGUCUCCGGCCAGCCCCCCACCCCCCCAGUCAGCCAGCGAGCAGCCCACAUGGAUGUCUCGGUUGGCAGAGCCCGUGACGAUGGGGACUUCUCGGUUCUUGAGCGUGGGGCCAUCGCGAGGUGGCAGGUUACCAUGGGCCCCUCAUCCUGAUGGGCUCGGGGGGCCCCGCUGGGGGAGCUGGGCUGAUGCUUCGCUCAGUCCUUCCCCCUCCGCAGCCCCAUGCCGAUGCGAGUGGGGUCAGCGCUGUGCCCGGCAGCCCCCUGCCCGGCAGGGAGCGGGGUGGAAGGGCUCAGCCUGCUCUGGCUGCUCGCUCUUUCCCCCGCUGCCUUUGUGCCUGUCUCCACGCUGCUCCCCACAGCUUCCGUGGGGCAGGAGAGACCCUGUGGGCUCUGCCCCCCUCCCUGUGGGGCUGGUGGGCUGGGGCUGGUCCCAAGGGACUGGUUUGGUGACAGUAGGGACUGCUUGGGAAGUGGCUGCAGGGGCAUGCAGUCCUUUCAGUCAUGGAGCUCUCCCACUGCCUGGCUUGGAGCUGCAGCACACGCGUGUGCCCCAGCCCGGGGAGGCGGCACAUCCCCCGUGUCGUCGCUCAGCGUGUCCCCCGUUGUGUGUUUCAGCGUUGCCAGUGCGGUCUGUGCCCUGGGGCGCUCAGCAGGCCACAUGGAAGUGUUUCCUCUACUGCAACGGGCUCAUGGACCAUCUGUACGUCUGCCAGAACGGCAACGGCUGCACCGCCUGGUACAAGGCCCCCACCCACUUCACAGGCACACUGGAUGCUUUUGUGAAGAUCACACGCUACGAGGGCAUCAGGUCUCUGUGGAGCGGCUUGCCCCCCACCCUGGUCAUGGCUGUGCCAGCCACCGUCAUUUAUUUCACCACCUACGACCAGCUCCGGGACUACCUGCAUGCUCGGACGGGAAGCCGGGGGCACCACAUCCCCUUGCUGGCUGGGGCCCUUGCCAGGCUGGGUGCCGUGACGGUCAUCAGCCCCUUGGAGCUCAUCCGCACCAAGAUGCAGUCCCGGCAGCUCAGCUACCGGGAACUGGGUGUCUGCAUCCAGUCGGCGGUGGCUCAGGAUGGCUGGCUGUCCCUCUGGAGGGGCUGGGGACCCACCGUGCUGCGAGACGUCCCCUUCUCAGCUCUCUACUGGUUUAACUAUGAGCUGGUGAAGGAAUGGCUCUGCGGGCAGGCCCGGCUGGACGAGGCCACGUUCAUGAUCAGCUUCGCAUCCGGGGCCAUCUCUGGGACGGUGGCUGCAGUGCUGACGCUGCCCUUUGAUGUGGUGAAGACCCAGCGGCAGAUCGAGCUGGGAGACAGCGAGGUGCACCCAGUCACAGCCUCGAAGCCUUCCUCCACCUGGCUGCUCAUGCGGCGCAUCCGUGCCGAGUCUGGCACUCGGGGGCUGUUUGCAGGCUUCCUGCCCCGCGUCAUUAAGGUGGCACCCGCCUGCGCCAUCAUGAUCAGCACCUACGAAUUUGGCAAGACCUUCUUCCAGAAGCUGAACCAGGAGCGGCGGCUGCGUGGGUUGUGAGACGGGGCUGGGGCAGGGCUGGAUGUGGCCGGUGCCCUGGGGGACAGUGCCAACCCUGCUCCCGGCAAGGCACCCCGGGAACAGCGAACCGCACUCGGCUGUGCAAAAAGCCCAAGUGCCUUCGUGCUGCCCUCUGCCUCCCCGCUGCCUGCGCACGGAGGCAGGGCCAGCCCGGCCCCGAUCUCCAUCCCCAGCCACACUGGGGGACAUCUGUGCCUGCUGCUGUGACACUGGGGAGGAUGUGGAGUCCCCCACACUCAUCCCUUGAGGCUGGACAGAUGCUGCUGCUGGAUUCACGGACGCUCUGGCAAGGACAGGGUGCCCCAGGAGACUCGGCAGGGCAGGAGAUGGGAGCCAGGGCUCUGUCGAGGACCAAACCCUCGGGGGGGCUUCUCUGCAUGCCCGCCUGGGCCCCCCAGCCCUGCUCCAGCUGGGGGUCUGCCCCUCCUUGCCAUCAGUCACGCACAGUGUCCCCUUGCCAGCUCUGUGUGGCUUGGGGACACGUCAAGACCCUCUCCCUGCCUCUGGACCUCUCCUCCCACUCGGGGUGUCCCUGUCCCCUGGCAGACCCUGGACUCGGACCCCGUGUGGGGACAGACCUUGCUGCUGCUCUGGGGGGGGGCGGCAGGCAUAGUAGCAACCUCUGCCUGUGCCCUGUCCCUUCACCGUGAGGGCCUGCCCCAGCAUUGUGCCCCGUGUCGGUGCUGCCCCAGCUUGCCCCGGGAUUCCAGGGGGGAAUAACUUCUCUUAUUUUCUUAAAUAAAAAAAAUAUUAUUUGUCUCUUAA